UGACGUCAUUGACUGUGACAGCAAGCAACCUGACAGUGACAGCUCACAGCUGCUGUUGCGGAUCAAUAAGCAAAGUUAGCAAAGUUGAUAAUUGAUAACAGGAAAGUAGGUUGUCCCUGAAAAUAAAUAAAGUCAAUUAAAUAAGUGACAGAAGCAAGACAAGAAUGUCUGCGUCUGCGUCGGAAGACCAAGAAGUAGACGUAAUGUACGGAUUACAAAAUGUUUUAACUAAAAUUCAGGCAGCAGUUGCCAGAAGGGCCAAAGAUCUACCUCAAAUAGCACCAAGACUGGUAGCUGUGUCAAAAAUAAAGCCAGCGGCCCUAAUAGUCCAAGCUUACGAGGCUGGCCAGCAUCAUUUUGGCGAGAAUUAUGUAAACGAGUUAGCAGAUAAGGCUGUGGAUCCUCUAAUUCUAGAAUCAUGCAAGGAUAUUAAAUGGCAUUUCAUAGGCCAUUUGCAAACCAACAAAAUUAACAAACUCCUUAGUUCUCCAGGAUUGUUUAUGGUACAAACAGUGCAUUCUGAGAAACUGGCUGAUAAUUUGAACAAGCAGUGGCUUAAAUUCAGAAAAGGGGAUGAGAAGUUAAAAGUCAUGGUGCAAAUUAAUACAAGUGGAGAAGAAGCUAAAAAUGGAGUGCCUCCAUCAGAAGCAACAAACCUGUCGCAGUAUGUUAUCAAUAAUUGCCCAAACUUAGAAUAUGUGGGACUUAUGACUAUAGGACAGUAUGAUUAUGAUGUGUCCCAAGGUCCUAACCCAGAUUUUAUUUCACUUGCGAAAUGCAGGGAAGAGGUGUGCAAGAAUUUGAACCUGGAUAUUAAUAGUGUUGAGUUGUCUAUGGGAAUGUCUACAGAUUUUGAACAUGCGAUUGAAUUAGGAGCAACAACAAUCAGAGUUGGAUCCACUAUUUUUGGUGCAAGGCCACCAAAACAAGAAAAAACCAAUUAGAAAACAGCAUUUUUCUUAAUUUAUACAAAUAAAUGUAAAUGGGCUUCCAAUAAGUGUUAUGAGUAUCAUAAUUCUGUCCGUGGGAUCCGUUGAGAAAAUAAAAUGUUCAAUUUUUUUUUAUGAAGAUAAUAAUAUAGAUUAUAGUUUUAUUAUUCAACGUCUCAUUUAAAAUAAAGGGGUAUUUUACUAUUAAUAUGUUCUAUGUUUCAGUGUCUCAUUUAAAAUAAAGGGGUGUUUUA